AUGAUGCUAUCCAUCCUCAGAGCGUUAUACGCCGUCCCUCUGGUCUAUAGCCUGGUCAGCGGUUCGGAGGCAAAGUUCGCACUGCGGCAAGAAGAGACCUUGGAGCAAUGGCUUGAAACGGAGAGCUCAUAUGCCCUCCAAUCUAUUCUUGACAAUAUCGGGGACGACGGGGCGAAAGUGCAGGGUGCUCAUGCUGGUAUUGUCGUUGCGAGCCCGAGCAGGGCUGAUCCGGAUUAUUUUUAUACAUGGACUCGAGACGCCGCCCUCGUCUUCAAACACCUAAUCGAUGCUUUUGUUGCUGGAAACCAUGACUCGCAGGAUCGCAUCCACGAAUAUAUCACCGCUCAAUCAUAUUUACAGACCGUGUCGAAUCCGUCUGGAACUUUGUCGACUGGUGGACUUGGUGAGCCAAAGUUUCAUGUGGAUCAAUCUGCGUUCACAGGGAGCUGGGGGCGGCCUCAGGCAGACGGGCCGGCUCUGAGAGCUACUGCGAUGAUUACCUACGCGAAAUGGCUUAUCGCCAAUGGGCAUGAAGAUGCCGCGAAAUCCAUCGUAUGGCCUGUCGUGCAGAAUGAUCUGUCGUACGUUGGCCAGUUCUGGAACUCUACUGGAUUUGACCUAUGGGAAGAAGUUCAGGGAUCGUCGUUCUUCACGGCAAUCGCACAACAUCGUGCGCUCGCAGAAGGCAACAAUCUUGCCCGCCAGCUUGGGACGGAUUGUCCUCACUGCGAGUCGCAAGCACCACAAAUACUUUGCUUCUUGCAGUCAUUCUGGACCGGGUCCAACAUCAUCGCGAAUUUCGGGGGAGACAGAUCCGGUCUUGACGCAAACUCCCUUCUUGGCAUCAUCCAUAACUUCGAUCCAGAGGCGGAUUGCGAUGAUAAUACAUUCCAGCCGUGCUCGUCGAGAGCACUUGCGAAUCACAAGAAGGUUACGGAUUCUUUUCGUGAAAUAUACCCGAUAAAUUCUGGCAUGGAAGGUGAUCAGGCUGUUGCCGUUGGUCGAUAUGCUGAAGAUGUUUACUAUGGAGGACAGCCGUGGUACCUCGCGACGUUUGCCUCUGCCGAGCUCUUGUAUGAUGCUAUUUACCAAUGGAAUCAUACGGGCAAGAUUACCAUCACCGAUGUGUCAUUGCCAUUUUUCCAAAGCAUUUACAAGUCAGCUCAGGUUGGAACUUAUUCCUCCUCAACUAAUGUCUUCUCUGAGAUCAUUGCCAAUGUCGGGAGCUAUGCCGACGGGUACUUGAAUGUUGCAAGAAAAUACACGCCUUGCUCUGGGGCACUAGCUGAGCAGUUCUCAAGAAACGAUGGGACACCACUAUCUGCGAGUGACCUGACUUGGUCGUACGCUGCUCUUUUGACAGCAAAAGAGAGACGGGAAUCGGUUGUGCCGGGAUCAUGGGGUCAAAAAUCUGCGCACGACGUUCCACCGACCUGCUUGGCAACAUCGGCGGCUGGAAGUUAUCAAACCGCGACCAUAACAGGGUGGCCUUCAACUCUGACUCCAACUCCAACUCCAACCAACCCGGCACCAUGCCCAACCCCAAGCAGUGUCAAAAUCACUUUCCAGUCGGUCACCGACACAAAAUGGGGCGAAAACAUUUUUCUCGUUGGGUCUAUUCCAGAAUUAGGAUCAUGGGAGCCCAGUGCGGCAAAACAACUGAAAGCGGACAAGUACGAAGCCUCUUGCCCCCUGUGGUCCAUUCAGAUUGAUCUCGCCGCGGGGAAGAAAUUCGAUUACAGAUAUAUCCGGAAGAGUGACGACGGAAGGGUAGUGUGGGAGAGUGAUCCGAAUCGAUCAUAUACCGUCCCGAAGAAGUGCGGAGUUUCGUCUCUGGUUCUGAAGAGCACUUGGCGCUGAUGCCGUUAUUCUGUGGUACCCUCUAAGGGUUGAAUCUGCACUGUAUGGGGGAUGAAGCAUUUUUAUGUGUUUGAAUGUAUCAUUCUCCCGAGACUGCUAAAGGCGCAAAUAAAUAGGAAAAGACUCUGAUAUCUUAAU